GGAGGGUAGCUAGUUUAGCUCAAGCUAGCUAGCUCGUUGGGAGAUUGAAUGACGUUAUGCUAGCUAACUGCUAACUAUCUGGAUUUCAGGAAAACACGCUGAAAAGAUAAAAUCGUUUUAGGGAUGCUAACCAGCCGUGAGUCUCAAUAACCUAUGUUUCGUGUAAUUUCAGGCCGGCCCGUCAUAUAGUUGACCGGGCAUAAAGUUGUUGGAUGAUUCUCCUAAAUCAGUAGCUAAAGGGGGCCUGCAUCCGCGGUGCUCGGGUGAACCACAGCCGGGGAUCACCGCGGUCUGAGCCACAGGCUAGCCAGUAAUACAAGGCUAUAAUUAUAAUCAACGGUUUACUGCACCAAAGCCUCUUCUGAAUAUGUCUCACAACGGACCCCCUCCUCGGUGGCGGAAUUGUCCCAGAAGAGGACAACCUGUGGCAGGUAAAUUCCUGCCAAUGAAAACGAUGUUAGGUCCCAGAUAUGAUGACCAGGUUGCAGAGGAAAACAGAUUUCAUCCGAGCAUGCUGUCCAACUUUUUAAAAAGUCUAAAAGUGAAAAUGGGUUUGCUUGUGGAUUUGACGAACACUACACGCUUUUAUGACCGCAACGACAUCGAAAAAGAAGGAAUAAAAUAUGUAAAGGUUCAGUGUAAAGGUCACGGAGAAUGCCCUUCAAAAGAGUCGACUGCAAUGUUCAUCAGACUCUGUGAACACUUCAUUGAGAAGAAUCCCACAGAACUGAUAGGUGUUCACUGCACGCAUGGCUUCAACCGGACAGGCUUUCUGGUAUGUGCGUACCUUGUGGAGAAGAUGGACUGGAGCGUCGAGGCAGCUGUGGCCUCGUUCUCUCAGGCCCGGGCCCCAGGGAUCUACAAGGGAGAGUACCUCAAAGAGCUUUUCCGUCGCUAUGGUGACGAGGACGACGCGCCCCCUGCCCCUGCGCUGCCUGAGUGGUGCUUUGACGACAACGACGAUGGGGAAGUAGAUGACGACGGUAACGCUGUUGGCCAGGAGUCGGGCCCCAGCUCCUCUGGGUUGGCGCCUGGCAAACGGAAGAAAGAGAAGCUAAAACUGGGCGCAGUAUUCCUUGAAGGCAUCACGGUGAAAGGCGUCACACAGGUCACCACACAACCCAAACUGGGAGAGAUCCAAAGAAUGUGUCAGGGGAUGGCCGAGUGGGACAAGUCUGGUUUCCCUGGUGCUCAGCCCGUCUCCAUGGAUAGACAAAACAUUCGUUUCCUGGAGCAGAAUCCAUACAAAGUCAGCUGGAAAGCCGAUGGCACACGGUACAUGAUGUUGAUCAACAGGAAAAAUGAAGUAUUUAUGAUCGACAGAGACAACUCAAUCUUCCACAUAGCAAACCUUGAGUUUCCUUUCCGGAAGGAUCCACGUGUCCAUUUAUCAAAUACACUGUUGGAUGGGGAGAUGAUCAUCGACAAAGUGAACGGUCAGCCUGUUCCCCGCUAUUUGAUAUACGACAUCAUCAAAUUCAAUGGACAGCCUGUUGGCCAAUGUGAUUUCAAUAUUCGGCUGGUAUGCAUAGAAAAGGAAAUAAUUUCUCCUCGGUUGGAAAAGAUGAAGACUGGACAGAUCGACAAAACCAAGGAGCCCUUCAGUGUCCGAAAUAAACCCUUCUUUGACAUUCAUGCAUCCAGAAAGCUACUUGAAGGCAGCUUCACGUCCCAGGUCAGCCACGAAGUCGACGGGCUUAUCUUCCAGCCAUGCGGGAGAUACAAGGCUGGGAGGUGUGACGACAUCCUCAAGUGGAAGCCCCCCAAUCUGAACUCUGUGGACUUUCGCCUCAAGAUCACCAAAGUCGGAGGAGAAGGGCUGCUUCCACAGACUGUCGGCUUGCUCUACGUCGGCAACUAUGACAGGCCCUUUGCAAAGAUGAAGGCCACUAAAGAGCUGAAACAGUACGACAACAAGAUCAUCGAGUGCACCUUCGCCAAUAACACCUGGGUGUUCAUGAGGCAGAGGGUGGACAAGAGCUUCCCCAACUCCUACGACACAGCGAUGGCUGUGUGUAAAAGCAUCCAGGAGCCCGUCACUAAGGAAAUCCUCCUAGAGUACGUGGACCGCUGUGCUCAAGCAGUCCAAGCCCAGAACCGGAAACACCCGCCAGACCCAGACUCUGAGCUAAUGCCCCCUCCUCCUCCAAAGAGACCCAACCGGGCCAUCCCUUAGCCCACAGCUGGGCUUUCUGGACUGCUCCACAGUCAAUGCUCAUCCACAUCACCAGCCAUAUCAACAGAAAACAGACAUUUCAAGGCUUUCUUACCCUUAGCACAUCUUCUUUUUCAGCCUGUACAUGUAAGGACCUCUUUGAUUGACUGCCUCAAUGUCAUUAAUUUACCUUGUAGACUUCUUUGUAGCUUUAAUUGCUGGUGUUCUUAUUAAAAUGAAAAACAUCA